UUUUUAUUAUGAAAGAAAAAAACCCACCCGGUCCCGAUCGCAUAAAAAUGUUCACCGUUGGUGAUUCAUUCGACUCCAUGGAACACGAUUUCAAUAUGCUUCCACCUGCACCACUAACUGCAACUCAACAACAAAGACCACCAACACCUUCAACCAUCAAAGCUCCAAAAUCCAAAUUGGUCAAUCACAUGUACCACGAAUAUUGCAUGUACACUACAAUCCAUGGAGUACAAUACCUCGGCCAGAAACGACCUUUCCGUGAGAAAAUCGUUUGGAUUGUAGCUUUACUAAUUUCCAUUUGCUUUUGUACCCACUUAAUCUACAACACUUAUAUAAAAUGGGUUGAAACUCCGGUGAUUGUGAGUUUUUCUGAAAAAUCUACACCCGUCUGGAAUAUACCAUUUCCAGCUGUCACAAUUUGUUCCGAGACAAAAAGUAUCCGCAAUGAAACUUUCGACUUUACUCAAUUUUAUAGGCAUUUAAUGAGUUUUGGGGGUCGAGUUUAUGAGAAACCCUCAAAUAUGUCACAAAUUGAUUUGAAUCGAAUGAGAAGUUUAUUACAAAUCUGUGGAAAUCAUUUGGUUAGUGAUAUGAACUUUCCAAAUUUCGAACAGACCAACUUUGAGGAACGGUUGGAUGAAAUUGUUCCCCAGUUUGAAAGAAAUUUCCCUUUUUGCAAGUGGGUAACUCAUUUGGGGAACUGUGAGGAUGUCUUUUUCAAGACUUAUACCGAAGAAGGUGUUUGUUACACUUUUAAUGGGUUGAAUGCAUCGGAAAUCUAUCGAGAAAACACAUACCAGCAUAUUCAUUAUCUCUCCACUCAAUCGUCGAAGAGUCAAAAAAGAAAACACCCAACCAAAUGGUCACUUCAGGAAGGUUAUGACUCCGAUGCUGGGAUUGAAACCUUCCCGGCACGUGUUCUCGGUGCUGGAUCGAGAGCUAGCUUGGUGGUAUCUCUCCAAAGUUACGAAAAUGAUUUCGAUUACAUUUGUCGUGGAGCACUCGAGGGUUUCAAGGUGACUCUCCACUCGCCUGAUGAUGUUCCCCAAGUUUCACGAAACUUUAUUCGGGUUCCCUAUGACAAAGAAGUUGUGGUACUCGUAAAGCCAAAUAUGAUUGAAACUAUGAAUGCAAUUAGCGAUUAUGAACCAAGUCGUCGACAAUGUUUUUUCAACAACGAACGUUACUUGAAAUUCUUUAAGAUUUACACUCAGAGUAACUGUGAAUUAGAAUGUCUGAGCAACUACACACUAAGCAAAUGUGGUUGUGUCAAAUUCUCCAUGCCAAGGUCUCCACACACUCCAGUUUGUGAUGAAAAGAAAAUCCACUGUUACGAUUUGGCUGAAGAUGAUUUACUCAUUCAUGAAUUUGGUGAAGGCUUGAACGAUCCGAAUCUAAUUGAUAGCGAAAAGAAGUCCAAGUGCAACUGUCUCCCUUCAUGCACUUCGCUAGUUUACAAUACUGAAUUGUCACAGGGUAAUUAUAAUAUGCAAAAGAUGCUGGCAUCGCAUGGUGAUACUCAGUAUAUGGCCGAGAAUGUUGGUGUAAGGAUGUCCAGAUUGUCGAUGCAUUUUAAAGAGAAUCAAUUUAUUACAUCGAAGCGAUCGGAAUUGUAUGGAAUAACAGAUUUUGUUGCCAAUUGUGGUGGAUUGUUGGGUUUGUUUAUGGGAUUUUCGGCGCUGAGUAUUGUGGAGUUUUUCUAUUAUGCUACUGUUCGGCUGAUGACAAAUAUUCAAGAUGCUAGGAGGGUUUGAGGGGUAAAAAAUUAAUUUAAUUGUAUUUUUGUGUUGAUUUUUUUUAUAAAAAUAAUUUAAUUGUAAAUAAUAUG